AUGGAGUCGGUGGUAUUGGCACCUGACAAUAUCCCUCUCCAGUCGGAUCGACCCAAGGACCUUUCCCCGCCCGUACGCGAACGUGAAUAUCUCGCGAAUGAACCAAUCGAUAUUGAGACCCGGUUUGCCACGCCAGCCUCCAAUUUACGACGCGCUCACACUGUGGCACAGGGAAGGAACAUCGCAAAAUCAAAUGUUGGCGUGAGGGCGGUCCGGGGAAGGGUUGCAUCCUCGAUCCUACGUGCCAAGGACAGCCAUGAAAUACUGAAGAAGCGGCCUGUUCAGCGCUUCGACAUCCCACAGGCUCCGCGUGAUGCGCUUGCAGGUGCAAGGGAACCGAAUCACUUCACAGUUGGAAAUGUCGGGCAGAAUGGCAAGAUCUUUCUCAGGCCGAUUCAGAAUCCAUUGCACAAGGAACCGCAUCCUACGUCCUUUCCCCCUCCACCGGCUCGGUCCAAGACCGACCACUUGCAUGUGCAGUCGCGCAGUCAUGAUGGAAACGACCCGUCACGAUGGUCCAACUCGCAGCUCUCUGAACUGCGCCCCGAAUCCAUACUGGAGGAAGGUGGUGAGGACGGCGAUUCUGUGGUCACGGACGAGGCAGCCUCUGAGUACAACCGUCAGCACCAGCAUCGCCAGCGAGCGCAUUCCGUCUCCUCCAUAUCAGAGCAGCAAUCCGUGUCGGGUGGAAAGCGAUACGGGGAGUUUCGGAUCUUCAUUGACAGACCCGACGAUCGACCCAGAUCUGCAGACGACUCUCGGCGCCCGACACUGGAUAUCCCAAUCCCCCACUACCGAUUGGGAACGCCACAAUUCAAUACCGAGGGGAGCGCCGCUUUGCACAGCUCUGUAUAUUCACGAGCAUCCUUGUCCGACAAUUUUCGCGUUUCGGGGUUCUUGAGAGAAAAUUGCAGCACUAGUCCCAGUCCUGGUCCCAAUGUCUACAUCGGGGACUCAUUUCAGCCAGAAAGGCCGUCCUUUGCUGCCUCUCUGUUCUCCGGCCAGCCAGCUAUGGAGAUGCCUCGAGCCUCAACUACGACGGUGAAUCCGGUCUUCUACGAAAUGAAAGAGCCCAUUGAGCCCCCCAUAUACGAUCGUCUAUGUUCAAAAAUGCAUGACAGUUCUGUAGUCCGCUAUAUCUCAGGGACCAAGGACAUCGGCGCGGCCACUCCAGCACGUCUUGUAGCACAGAUAUCGUCCGAGUCCUUCAUGGAUUAUGAGCUCGUGUCUGACUUUUUCCUCACCUUUCGCUCCUACCUCUCCCCCAGUAACCUUCUCUCGCUUCUGCUCGCUCGGCUGCAGUGGGCCAUCAACCGACUUCAGGACGAUGGCCGGAUUAUCCGCAUUCGCACCUUUGCCGCGCUCCGGCAUUGGAUUCUCAAUUAUUUCGCCGAUGACUUUGUCCCUGAUUAUGACCUUCGCGCUCGAUUUUGCGACACAAUCAAUACCAUGUACGACAACGUCAAGGCCCGAGAAGGGGGUGGGAUGAGUGACUUGAAAAUAUUGAUCGAUCUUAAGCGCUGCUGGCAUGGCAAGUGUGCCGCCUACUGGGACUUGCCGACAGAUCAUGUAGCUCCAGGGACAAUCAUUGUCCCGGGUGGCCUCGACUUCGAAACGGCCCCCAAGGGCGAAGGCAAUGCUGAGGACGAUUCUACAACGCCUGAAGUCAACCACGAACACCAAAUUGGUGCCCAGCAGAGUUUCCCUGCUCUUCAGCAGAUCCAGCACGAUCGGAACAAUUCCACGGCUACGGCAAAGAGCAUGCCGGCAUCUACAAGAAGCGAUCAUAGUGUUCAGGCCACAUCUUGUUCCUUGCCACCGAAAUCUCCUAAGCGCCUCUCCGUACCUGUUGCCGCAUGCAAGGCGCCUCAUCCAGUGCCUAUAAUCCCGUCUAAGCUUCUAUGUUCCCCACCCGAGUCGCCAAACGUGUCCCCAAUUAUAGCGAAGCGCCUCCCGUUCCAUGGCCAUGCGCACAAGCGCAGUGGUAGCUUUUCUGACUCCGUUCGGGAUGACAGGGCGCCUUUGUCCUUGUUGAAGCUUGAACAGCAGGCGUUCGCUUCUCAAGAGAUAUUGAACCUAGGAAGCCUGAUUCGUGGCGAGCUGUACCCUCCAGCCGAGUCGUACAUGACCAUGAUGGCACCACCUUCUCCCCCUUUGCCCUUGUCCGCGAGCGCUGGCGCGCAGGACCGUCGCAAUACAAUGAAUGAGGCUCCAAAGCCUCCUGGCUCGAGUUCAGGGAUGAAGACGAUUAUCGGGUCUAUUCGCCGAGCUCUACAUAGCAGGCACGGAGGACAAAGCGUCUCGUCGCGUGCCGCGAACGGCCAAUGGAGCCCUUCAAUGCGGGGGAAAACAUCAGCCUUACCCAAUAAUGUAGCCUUUGGAUCCGAUCUGUACAGAGACAGAAAGUCAGCGGCGACAUCAAAGAGGCCGAUUCGAAUUGAUAUUCUGUGUGACGAGGCGUUGGAAGAAUAUCGUCGUGCGGUUGGCGAGGUAGAUUCUCCCCAGACGGCUAAGGCCGCCAGACUAGAAGUAACCGAGCAAGUGAUGGAACUGGGAGGCAAGAAGACAGACCACUCGGCUCCCGGCUUCGACCGCUCAAAGGCCAAAAGUCAAAUCACCAUGGGCAGUCAAUCUAUCGUCAUUGUGGAUGACACCGGGGUGGGAGAUCCUGUCAUGUCUGGAGCUGUGCUGGAGCAUUCGACGGGGCUUGAGCAAUCUCCUGGCUUUCUGAACGCUGCGUACACACCCACAACUGUCAAAGCAGCCUCUCUGCGCCCUCCGUCUCAUAGGUCGACUAUGGCAGAAGAUCAAUAUUCUCUGCCCAUCUACUAUGAGGAAGCGGACUCUGGGCCACCUCAUGGGAUCUCGAGGUUCCUUCGCUCAUCCGGGAUCUCUGACCCACGCCGAUCAUUCUCCACGGAGCGUUUCUCGGUCUCUUGGAAGAGAACAUCUCCUUCUCUUCGUCUCCGAAAAUACGCUUCUUUUCAAAGCGGAAUAUCGAGACAGCUUUCGUCCAUGGCCCCAGGGCCAUCGCUACCGCCAGCUGCUGAUUCGACCCCUUCUAAACUCACAGUUGGAACGCACGUUGGACCAACGCUUCGUCGGCGCCCUGGUGGAGAUUUGCGGCAGAUGCAGACUGUGCGUGGCCUGCGGUCGCACCCGGGUUCCGGAUCAUUUGCUUCUGGAUCGACCUAUCGCAGCUCUUUCCCUGAUAGCCUGAUUAGUCGACAAGAUGAUGAAGUUUGCAGGCCCCAAACGAGCCUGAUCCCUCCUAACCCGCGAUAUGAGUUGAUUCAGACUCACUCGUCUCAGAUGUUGAGACGCUCAUUUGAAGCUGCUAUUGCGCAAUUUGCGCAGAUCCCGGAUGACGAUGACGGAGGGAUCGAGUCCGCGUUGUUGAAAUUGGAGGGAAAGUGGCCCGGGUCUCCUACCGGCGGUGAAGCGACAGGGUUCUCGCACGGCGAUCAGGAUCAUGAUGGCAUGUGCAGAGAGCCAGGCCAUCUUCAACACGGUCAGGCCCUCGGGUCGUAUGACCCUACAGCAUCAGAAGUUGCUCGCAGACGGUGCCAAACUUUGCUCGGGACCGAUUUGCUCCAUCCGCAAGCUCGACGGCGCCUUUCCCCCUCCAGACCGUACUCCGACUCGCUUGCGGGAUCGGAGUCGGGGGAGUCGUAUAGCUCAAUACCGCUUCUCGAGCGAGGCCUGAGUGAUGAGUCGAUGAAGAAACCCGACCCGUCCCCAGGAUCGCAAAAUCCUACUUUGCUUCGGCCUAGGCUGAGCAGGGUAUCGACUCAGUAUACAACAGAAGUUGAGUCCUCUCAUCCAUCUAUCGAUAUCGUCCAAAAAACCGACAGCCUUGAAUGUAUCCCGCGAGGAUCCACCAUUCCUGUGCCUUUAUUCAAAGGUUCUAAAGACCGACGGGGACGCCUUUCAGGACUUUCGUCCGAACUUUCUGUUGAUAUUAUAGGAUCACAGGAAUCUUUUGACCCGCGGCUCUCGUUGGACACGCAGAGUCUUGGGGAUUCCUCGUUUGGCAUCCCACCUCAUCCUUUGGCUCACCCUCCUUCGCCCCCGAUGACCAUACAGAAUCCUCGUUCAGUGGCCUCCUGCACCACGCCUAUGGAUCCAGUUCUGUUUCCAGCGGAGCCAUUAACUCCAGACCCCUCACCUAGGAACAAGGAAGCCGAACGGAACAAUCUUCGCCCUUUGAGCACUAACCAGGUCUCGAGUGAUGUGCUCUCUCGAUCUGAGAUGGAUCGCCAACGCUACAAUGUGUCCAAUAACCUUGAACCAGACCAUGUCCCAUUCAUUCUCUCAUGCGAGUCCCAGAUCCUUGCUCAGCAGCUGACCCUGGUCGAGAUGGCUGCGCUCAGUGAGGUGGAUUGGAAAGACUUGGUCGAUAUGAACUGGAGUAGCGGCUCACCCUCGACUCGGAACUGGGUGCAGUUCCUCACCGAGGAGGAACGAAGGGGAAUAGAUCUCGUAGUGGGUCGAUUCAAUCUCAUGGUGCGAUGGGUGGUUUCGGAGAUCGUUCUCGUGCGUACGGUAGAAGAGCGAGCUAGCACCAUCGUCAAAUUCAUCCACACGGCUGCCCACGCGAGACGGAUCUGUAACUACGCAACGAUGCUGCAGAUUGCCAUUGCUUUGUCUUCCACGGACUGUUCGCGACUGCAGAAGACUUGGGCUCUGGUGCCACCAUCGGAAACACGCCUGCUGAAAGACAUGGAACUACUCAUCCAACCUAUCCGCAAUUUCCAUGAUCUUCGCAUGGAAAUGGAAACGGCCAAUUUGCAGGAAGGCUGUAUCCCGUUUGUCGGAUUAUACGUCCAUGACCUCACCUACAACGCGCAGAAACCAGCGCAGGUAGCAAACCCCAACGGAGAACCGCUGGUCAAUUUCGAGCGAUAUCGCACGGCAGCCAAGAUCGUCAAGAGCCUUCUUCGACUGAUUGACGCGAGCACCAAAUACAAAUUCGAGCCUGUGCCGGGCAUCAUCGAGCGUUGUCUCUGGAUCGCAUCGCUUUCCGAGGAGCAGAUUCAAAAACGCAGUAGGAUGCUGGAAUGA